AUGUUCCAUGCUGCCAGAGUGGCGGCUACUCCAAUUAAUUCAUCAUCACAACAAUUAUUUUAUAGAGAAAGAUCAUAUACACGACGAUGGCGAAGAUUUGGUGCAUACGGAUGUGGACAAGAAUGCUGCUGUUAUCUGCAAAUCUUCGGUGUAUUAGCUAUUAUCCUAGCUAUUGGUGCUGCUAUCGCUGUUCCAUUUUUGUUGAUAACAGGAGCGUCUUCUUCUGUCACGACAUUGGCAUCCACAACCAGUACAGGCAAAAUAUCAACAACAACGGCAACUACUGCAAGUACAACAACCAGUAGCAGUACCACAAGCACAACAAGUACUACAACUUCGACAAGUGUCACAAGUACAACAAGUACUUCGAGUGAGUUUUUCCUUGAUACUAUUUCGGCUCAAGAUACAAUUGUAUCAAUCAAGCAAGCAUAA